AUGACAUCACUUACGGGCUCUCCCGGCAAGAGCAGCAACCCGUUUAUCCAACGAUACAUGGCGACUCUGGGAGAAAGUUCAGGUCAAGAGUCUAGCUUUCCCCAAACCAAUUCCAACAAAGAGAAUCUGUUUCACCACGCACCAAAAAUCACAGGACAUGCUGAUGUAACGUCCUCGCCAACUCCGCUGAAAGACGUAACAGGAUCGGUGCGAAACAAUCGUUCCCCAUUGAAAUGGGCUGAAAAGGGAACUAAUUCAAUGACAAAAUUUCCAACUGGUGAUAGCGAGACGUUUGACGUCUCGAAACUUUCCACGAAGGACAGUAAAUACUAUGAGCUUCUGUGCCGGGUCAGAGAGGCUAAAGAAUGGAUGUCAGAAGUUAUAGGAGAAAAGCUUCCGUCCGAACUGGAGUUGAUAACUGGAAACAGUUUGCGAGAUGGGGUGUAUUUGGCCAAAGUUACACAAAAGAUAGAGCCCAGAUUGGUAAAAAAAAUUGUGCCUACGGGACCGUCUCUUAGAUAUACGCAUACACAAAAUAUCAGUGUGUUCUUUCAGCUGGUUGAAGAAAUAGGCGUUCCCGAUCUUUUCAGAUUCGAACUCACAGAUCUUUACGAAAAGAAGAAUCUACCAAAGGUAUUCGAGACACUACAUGCGCUCAUAAACAUCAUUAACAGCAAGUGGCCAGAAAAAGUCCCCGAAAUUCAAAAUUUGAGCGGCAGAACCACUUUUUCAGAAAGCGACAUCAAAGCUUGCCAACGCAAAAUACCUGCCAUUCAUAAUUUCCGUUCAUUCAAAGUUUCAAGCUCGGGCAACACCCAACGUGACGAUGGUGAGAAGGACUUGCUGCAGGGAUCUGCAGUAGGCAGUCCAAAAAAGCGUCAAACGUCCUUCAAGGAUACUCAAGAAUUCAUUGAGCCUACCCCACAGUCCCCUGUCGCACAUACUCCGCCUCCCAAAACUUCGCAGUGUGUGAAAAAUGCCGAGAGCUUCCACGAAACUAAUAAAUUCUCCUCCACAAACAUUAUGACGGGAAACACUCCUCUUUUGAGCUUCGAUUCAGACAUCAGCCCAUCUGAGUCACUAUCAUAUUACUCACCUCGAAUCUACCGUCAUUUAUCGUACCGUUCACCCGUCAACAGAUCUCCCUCUUUCAGGCUUGCAGAAGACCCCUACGAUCUUGACCGUUAUGGUACCCAUCGGUACAGCGCACAAGAAUACUCACCUGUAAGAAGACAGCGGAUGACAGAAGUCCAAUUUUUGGAUUCCGUUUCUGGUUUACAGGCCAUGUGCAGAGGUGUGAACACAAGAUUCGGGAUAGCGUUAAUGCAAAGGAAAGUAGAUAUUGUCAUCGAAAAAGUAAGGCUAUUACAAGCACAAGCAAGGGGGCGUAUGGCCAGAGGGAAACCAGAAGCUAGGACAUUUUUCAUGUCUUCACAGGUUGACGAACGCCCACUUCGUGCUUUGCAGUCAUUUGUCAAAGCCCGUUUGAUCCGAGAGAAAAUUUUCAGACUUCGGGUGCGUUUGAUGUCUGUCGAGGAUGAUAUAAGUUUCUUGCAGAGCUUGUGCCUCGCGAAAGUUGUUAGAUUAAACAGCAGAAAGGCUCUUGCAGGUCAUGCCAUCAUUAAAAAGCCUUUACCAGGACUACAAGCGUACAUCAAAGCACAAUUGCAAAGAGCCAAACACGCCGAGUUCCUAAAAGAAAUUGAUGCGUGUCUUCCAUUGAUCGUGAACCUGCAAGGCUUGCUUCGAGCACAUCAUCUGAGAAUCCAUAGAAAAUCCAUUUAUUUCUCGCUCAAUGAAAGGUAUGAUGUUGUCAACACCCUUCAGUCGUUUGCAAAGGGCUCACUAAGGCGGGAUUCAAUUAGGGCUACGAACAGAAAUUUGAAACUUCAAAAUGGUAUCAUUGAAAGCUUUGCCGCGAACCUCAAAGGCUCGUUUCAAAGAGCCGGCAUCAAAUCCUUGGCAAUGGCAGUUCGUGAUAGUAAGAAUCCAGUCGUUUCUAUGCAAGCAUUGUCGAGAGGCGUGUUGGUGCGUUUCACUUUGGAGCUGAUCUCCGAUAUCGUAGAGGGGAACGAUUUGCCCUCAGUUCAGGCACGCGCGAAAGGCAGUCUAAUUAGAAGAGCAAACAACCAGAUGUCUCUCUACUACAAAACUCGCGAAUUUCAGGUUAUUAGGGCGCAAAGUGCUAUUCGGAUGCAUCAAUUGCGAAAUGCAUAUUUGGCGUUUAUGUCGUCCGCGAAUCCCAGCAUCGCUGCUGUAAAGAGAUUUGUUCAUCUACUCAAUAAAAUGCAUGCUAGCCAUGAGUCUCAAAGUAGGCUUGAGUUCCUCAAGUCGCAAAUCGACCAGUCCAACAAAGACAGGGAUGUCAUAGAGAACCAUUUCGAACUUCUGAAAAGGAAAAACGCCAUACUAGGUAACUGUAACAUUUUUGUUCCCCAUAACUUCACUGAUGGCUUCGAAGGCAUUGGAGAUACACGCUAUCCUGAAUAUGAAAAGAUUCUCUAUUUGCUUCAGACAGACCCAUUUUACUGGGUAACGCUACACCGUGUUGAGCCGGACUUUGUUACAAAGCACCUUACCAAGACAUUUGUCUCGACAAACAGUGUUAUGGGACGCAGAGAGAGCAUCUUUUUUAUGAGACUAGUCUCAGAAUUCCUUGCUGCAGAUGUCGAGAGUUUCCAUGAUCCACAGCAAUUUUUGGCUUUUACGGGCUCUAGUUUCUGGAAGGAAUUACUCUCUUUCUAUGUUCACCGCCAGAUUCCACAGCUUCUUAUCGAACUGGUCUCACCUCUGGUGGAAUUCCUGUCGCAAGAUUCUGUGGAUUUCGAAGCCGUCCCGGCCGCAAUUCGUAGAAAACUGCAUCCUAGCGAGCCAGAGCUUUCGUCAAGUGAGUCUAUCGAAGACGAAGUAAUCAGAAGCACUUUUGUCACUAAUCUGACAAGUUUAUGGAAAGGUGUCGAAAUUGUCAGCGAAGCCUUGUUGAAAAACGCACAUGUAAUCCCUGAAGAGAUAAAGUUUCUGUGUACUGCGGCGUACAGAAUUGUUGCAGAUCAUAGUCCACAUCAAAAGAACUCCUUAAUUGCCAUUUCGAAGAUAUUAAUGGAGGCAAUAGUCUUCCCAGUUUUGAGGUACCCUUCCAAGUUUGGCUUGGCUAAGUUCGCCGACAGUACGGCGCAAAAGGUGCGUCUUUUGUCAGAAGCGCUCGACACAGUGUUCUCUUUUUCUGAAUUUGAGAACUACUUAGCGCCACUCAAUCAAUAUGCAGAAGAAAUACAUGAUGAUCUCGCAGUUUCUCUCGAGAACAUGUUGAUAUUUCCUUCUUUCGAUGUAUACUGUGAUGAACUUCAUUACAGUGACAUGUGCCUGAAUGAGAGAGCAACCCUUAGCAUCCCCAAGCAGUAUCUGCUUGACAUUGGUAGGAUGCUGCAUACUAACACGGAUGCAUUUCCCCAUGAUGACGCUAUCAAUCCACUCGUAGCAAACAUACAGAUGGGCGAGAUUAAAACGCUUGAAGAAAGUAACAAUAGCAUUGUCAAGCUCCAAUUGAACCCGAGUGCUUACCAUUUGUCGUCUAGCGACGAUAGACUGACCGUCAUCUACAACGAGAUCAAAAGAGGUCUCGUCUACAUGAUGCAGGUCGAAGACGUAGGUACCGAUUUGUAUGAUUUGAUGAUGGGUUGUAUCAUUGAUUCAGACGAGCCCAAGUUCCAGCGACUACUUCUUGAAACAGCAGCUAUUAAAACUGAUCCGUUGUUUAAAAACUUCGAAGAAGUUACUUACUUCAAUUUGAAGCAACAUGUUUUAGAGAGGGCCUACGAACUAAGACAAAUGGGGAGCCUGAGUGUUGACGAUAAACUUCAAAGUGUUCUUAAUGACAUUGCCAACACGAUCAAAUCUCGCGAAUACGUUGUAGAAUCAACAUCUAAGGAAACCAAAACUGCGGAGCACGCACUCAAAUCCAUUCAAAAGACCAAUGUACGUUUGAAGGACAGGUCGCGUGCACUUGAACUCUCUCAGAAGAGGUCUCUUAACAAGGCACAAGCGUCCGGUAAUUAUGCGCCAAUAAAGAAGCAUGGAAUUGGCCGGAAACUCAAAGACGUUUAUCAUAAAGUUAAUCAUAAAGGGACGAAUUCUAAAGACUGUUUGAGCUUGGAAUGGAGCUCACGCCAUCUCUUCGAGCUUCGGGCCUUAAAAAGUCUUGCCGGAGAAAACCUGGGUAAAGCCGCAGUGAGUUUUUUCGGCUCAAGUGGUCCAAAGUUUCCUGAUGUAAAUUUCAGGUUUUCUACUUCGGAUGGAGAAUACUUUGCAGUAGAGCUAUUAGAUGAACGAAAGACCGAAAAGAGAUCAGGCUCUUCCACAAUGGACAACUUCCAAUUUUCAAAACUGCUGGACGAACUAGCGAAAAGCGAAGGCGCUGAAUGCAAACUAUUCUCAAACAAGGCGGAGUUCAACUUGGCUCCGCUACUAGAGCUAAUGGCGGGAUCAUUUAUCAAGCGAAUUCAGUAA